UUCAGAACGGUUUUAUGCCCGCAGGUGUAAGCCGUAUAACUUUGCAAUGGUUCAAUUUGCAAACCUUCCCUCUCAGGACCAAGAGGAAGACGAUCCGGACUCUUUGAAAAUGCCACAAUCCGAAUCUUCCGAGCCAGAAGCCGUCAAUGGAUCCUUGAAGCGCAAGUCUGAGGCUAGUCCAAUUGACAGUAAGAAAAAGAAGAAGAAGUCCAAGUCAGAGAGAGGAUCCAAGCUCAAUGGGCCAAAAACUCACUCCAAGAGAAGACAUAGUGUGAGUAAGCCAGCAAGGGAUCCUAGAGACGAGGCAUCUCCUGGUGGGCCAGAAAUCGAGACUACGGACACAAGGUCACCAAGUCCAGUCAUCGAUUUCGAUGGCUUGAGCAGACCAAGUCGAGGAACACGAGAACGGAAGGAGGAAACCCCCGAACAAGCUGCCGCACGACUUCAGAAGCUCUCAGGAGCUGUUCGGACAAUACUGGAAUGUCUUGGCGAAGACCCUGACCGUGAGGGACUACUUGGCACACCUGAACGAUAUGCUAAAGCUAUGCUGUUCUUUACAAAGGGCUAUCAGGAAAAUGUCCGAGAUAUCGUCAAUGACGCCAUUUUCCACGAGGGGCAUAAUGAAUUAGUGAUUGUCAAGGACAUUGAAGUGUUCAGUCUCUGCGAACACCAUAUGGUGCCAUUUACUGGAAAGAUGCAUAUUGGAUAUAUCCCCGACCGAGAUGUCAUCGGAAUUUCUAAACUACCCCGAAUCGCAGACAUGUUUUCUCGGCGAUUACAGAUCCAAGAGCGUUUGACGAAAGACGUUGCACACGCCGUUAUGGAGGUUCUCAAACCGCAAGGUGUUGCGGUCGUUAUGGAGUCGAGCCAUCUCUGCAUGGUGAUGAGAGGUGUAGAGAAGACGAGCGCUACAACCAUCACAAGUUGUGUACUGGGUUGCAUAGAGAAGAGGGAGAAGACCAGAAAUGAGUUCUUCAGCCUAGUCGGUCUAAAUAGACGUUGAAGAUAGAGAUCAGGAACGGGUUUCAACAUAGAUGGUGGUGGUUUGUGUCUGCAUUUGUCGGAGUUUUGGAUUACAUGGCAUGAGCGAUCAAGGUCUUCAACAGCGGGUCUUCAACACCAGGCUCUGGGCGGCGUUUUGGUCUUAACGCCACACUAUCUUACAAUGUUUUGAAUAUUUCGAAGGGUAUCAAUUGCUCUAACUCACACG